AUGUUUUCUACCAUAGUUGCGAUUGCAAGAAGCCUUCAAUUUGACCAGAGAGUGCGUUCCCAGCUUACAAAGUAUGAUUUACUGUGGAUUCAGUUCAGAAGAUGUUUUUGGUUGGUUUUGCAAAUGAUGAACAUGGAGUUGGCUCACUUGUACUACAGUCCAUUAUAUUUCCAAGACUCAGAUUUUGAGGUGAAGUUACCACAGCAAGCCAUAACCAACUCAGCGAUGCUAAACCAGGUGUGUUCAGCGUUGGCAUCUUUGGCUCCUGUGAUUCAUAAACUCUAUAAGUUGAUUGAUAUGCUGAUGGUUCGAAAAUAUUGUUCUCACCAUCAAUUGGUGGCAGAGAUUAGAGAAUUUGAGACGCUUAUUUCUCGUGAAUUGGGCACUUUCGAAAGCUAUUUCACGCCCUACAGCAAAAAUCUGGCAAAACCUAUCAAGUUUCGGUUCUUAACUAUGUCCAAGUGCUUCUUGAUGGUACUCUACUAUGCUUUGUACGUGGGUCUGGAGACUAGAGGAGACAACAUUUUGGGUUUCAAUUACCUCAGAAAACUUGUUUUAAUUGCUUAUGGAGAGUUGCCUUUUCUACAAAAAGGCUUUAUAGAUUCUUGCUCUCGAUUUUUUGGUCCUUCGAGAGAGUACUUUUUUCGUCCUCUUUUAAUUGCUUGCAACAGUAUGCAAUUAUUGACAGGAGUGCUCCGACUUCGAGCUCGGUGCACCUUGAAAAAGCUUGAUAGACUUAAAUGUGCCAAGAACAAGCCACUAUUAGAAGCUGGUUUGAAAUCAAUCAUCGAGAACAUCAUCUUGAUGGAAACCAAAAUGAUAGAAUUUGAUGAACAACUAGGUAAGGUGUCCAAUUGUGGUUACUUGAAGGAAAGACAAUACAAUUACGGGACUCUCUUGAUGUGCCAGGAGUCCAUGUACGAGAAUUGUGAUGAACUUGUGGCUAAAGCGAUGCUUCCAUUUUCUGAGGAGGAGCUUAACGAAUUGAGUGGUUUGAUAAGUGGGUCAGCUAAAAAAUUUGAAGCAAUUGAGACAUUUCAGAAGUCACUUACAACUAAGAAGUCGGCUCUGAUAAACCCAACAGCAGAAUUAACCGGCGUUGAACGACAGAUUCAUCUCAUAAUGGAGAGAUUGCAAAGAGACAAAAUGUGGAGUUUGGUAAAUUUGAUAAAGAAUUACUACCACGACGAAACCUUUCGGCAGAAGUUCGAUGCUGGUCACGCCAAUAAUAACCUUGGUGAUUUGUUUUAUGGUCAGGAUGACAUUUUGAAUUAUUUUGCAGCCGACGGUUCACUUGAUUUUUUGGAAUAUCGAAAGGAUUCUUUCGUUUAG